AUGGCGGAGUUUCGUUUUGAAGAUGAGGAUUUGGCUACCCUAAAGGGUAAGGUUGUUCUCAUCACAGGUGGUUCAUCCGGCAUAGGUUUGGCUACUGUUGAAUUACUUCUCUCAAUCGGAGCUAUGGUUGCUAUUGGUGAUUUGCAGCCUCCUGGACAACAGAUGAAAGGCACAUUCACAUUUGUCAAAACAGAUGUCACUAGAUGGGAUGACCUACUGGUGCUCUUUGAUAAAACCAAGGAGCUAUAUGGCCGUAUCGAUCACGUUUUUGCCAACGCCGGUAUUGGACCUCGAGCUGAUUACUUAUCUUUGGAACUUGACCAGGAUGGCAAACUUAUGGAACCAUCCAGCCAGAGUCUCGACACAAACCUCAAAGGCGUCAUCAAUACCUCUGCUCUGGCGAUUCAUCAUAUGCAUCAACAAGAAUACGGGGGAAGCAUCGUCAUCACUGGAUCAGCAACCGGCCUGCAGCGAUUCCGAGCCGUCGACUAUGCCACAAGUAAACAUGGAGUUCUCGGUUUUGGACGAGGGCUUAUCCCUUCGCUUAAAUCUGCUCAAAUUCCGAUACGGGUCAACACAUUGGCACCCAGUUGGACUGACAGCGAAGUUGUCCCAUCCUUGAAGGCUUUGCUGAAUGACAUAAACGUCGACGCACAACCGGCGUAUGUAGUAGCUCGUUGCGCGUGCUAUCUUAUGUCCGAUACUUCUAUGAACGGACAACAUGUCCACGUACAACGCGGAAAGUACGUCGAGGUUGAUGACGCCGUUUUGCUUCCGGCAUACGACAAGAUCAACGGCGAUGGCUGCCCGAGUGAGGAUGAGGCUUUUGAGCGACUCGUAGCGCCAGCUGCAUAG